ACGGCUGCCUGCCUGUUUGGAGUUUUCUAUGCAGGAUUGAGAUUAAUGGGAAUGGGGAUGUCAUGUUCCUGUGUCACAGCCAGAAAAGUGAGGAAAAAUAAGGCCAUGAAAAUGUCGACAAGCGUGGGAGAAAUCAGUGCCGCUGUGCAGGUUGAUCCUGACCUGCGACUGGCAAUGGAGUACGCGAACAACGCCUCGAACAGCUACAGUUCUGGAGACCCCAUGAGCGCCUCCUUAGCCAACAUGACCAUCAGUGACCAGCACCACCAGGAGAACGGGGUCCAGAUGGGACACAGAAGCCCUGGAGACACCAAAAUGAAAGACAGCGAAGCAGCGCUCAGUGAGAACGGCCUGAAAUCUGUGUCUGAACUCUCUCAGGCAGAUAGCGGUGAGGACGAGGUGACACCCGCAGCAGAGACAUUUGCAGAGACGGGUGGUGUCGAAGCUGUGUCUGAGCUCUCAGAAAUGGAGCGCACCUCGUGUGGAGAUGAGGGGCAGCUUGCAGCAGGAGGAGCAGCUUCAACAGCUCAAGCAAAGAUGGAUAAUGGCUCCUCGGACAAGGGUGUUGCUGGUGCAAAGUCUCAAACCCCAGGAGCCAAAACUCCUGCAAAAGCUGCAGCUCAACCAGAUGCUCAGAGUGGACAGAGCAGCCCUGGUACUCCCAAAUCCCCCUCUAGCCAAGCACUUUCUGCGAAGGCGGCAGCGGAGGCCAACAAAGUGAAGAAGAUCGCGGUGGUGCGUUCUACGCCCAAAUCCCCGGGCUCGAUGAAGAGCCGCCAGCCGGCUCCUCUGGCCGCGGCAGCGCCGAUGCCGGACCUGAAGAACAUCAGGUCCAAGAUCGGCUCCACAGAGAACAUCAAGCACCAGCCCGGGGGUGGAAAGGUCCAAAUCCUCGACAAGAAGCUGGACUUAACUAACGUCCAAGCUCGCUGUGGCUCUAAAGACAACAUAAAGCACACACCUGGUGGAGGCAAGAUUCAAAUUGUGCACAAAAAGAUCGACCUGAGCACCGUCACAUCGAAGUGUGGAUCGAAAGACAACAUUCGUCACAAACCAGGUGGUGGAAAUGUGGAGAUCAAAAAUGAGAAGCUGGAGUUCAAAGUCCAGUCUAAGGUCGGUUCUCUGGACAACAUCGGCCACGUUCCCGGAGGAGGACUGAGGAAGAUUGAGAGCCACAAACUGACCUUCCGUGAGACAGCCAAGGCCCGUACUGACCACGGUGCCGAGAUCGUCUCUUUGGAAGACUCCCCCCACCAGCUCAGCACCGUGUCCUCCUCCGGCAGCAUCAACAUGGCCGACUCUCCGCAGCUCUCCACGCUGGCCGACCAGGUGUCCGCCUCUCUGGCCAAGCAAGGCUUGUGAAUGCACCCACCUCCUCCUCCCUCCUCCUCCUCCUCCUCCUUCACCUCAAAAACACGACCACAUAGAGGAGUUGUGAUGCCUUCCUCAUUAUUUUCACAGGACUUUUUUAGCUACCCAUCAUCACUGUUUACCCUUCACUAACCUUUCAAACUGUUUUUCAGCCAUUACUAGUAGAGUAAUGUGAAAAAAAUACAGAUUAACAAGUAGGCCAAAAUGAAUUUAAUUUCUCUCUGUGGUCUUUGAUCUCUUUAUUCGCUAUGAUUUCUACCUUUUGUAAGUGUCCCUUUAAGAGUUAAAGCGCCCCAGCAGAGCAAAAUCCUCCUUUAUUUUAUAUCUACACAUGUCCUGGUGAAUCUGAUUUAAGACCUGUCACGUGGACUGUAAACCUUUUAGUUUUGUCCCCUUUGAUGGGUGUCCCCUCAUGUUUUUUUUUUUUUUUAAAUAUAGAGAUACAGAACCUGGAAAAAGGAGGGAAACGCAGACUGUUGGGGUCCAGUUACAGGGUACAGUGGCGAGGGGGCGUCUGAGGGAAAAAAAACGUUAAAAGAAAAGUAGCAAAUUUCUCGUUAAAAGGCAGAAAAGAUGCUUUAAGACCUCACUGCUGUCUUUGCUUUGUUUAGUCCCGACAUGUGCUGCACCUCGAGCUACCGUAGGUGACGGCAGGGGGGUGCUACCUGGAUUUAAAAAAGAAAAAAACAGAACAGCUAGAGUAGAAACUUGUGUUGGGCACAGUUUUAUAAUCGUACUCUGUGGAUAUGACAUGUAUUUGAUAUGAAGAAACAUUUGUAUUGUGCCUGCUACUGUCAGUGUUCAUUUUUUUUUUGUUUUGUUACUGCUCUAUUGUAAAUGCGCUAAAGCUUGACGUACAAGGAGGAAAAUUAACCUUAAUGCGUUUUAAAGUGUAACUUUCAUGGCCAAAAUUGUCGAGAGACAGAACGAGUUCAUCAGUAUUUAAACUGCUGUAUGCACUUAAAGGUAGGUAGAAUAAAUAAUGUUUAAUCGCAGUUAAUCAGUCUUAAAGCGAGGCUACGUAACUUCUGCUAAAGUGAGGCCACUUUUUGUGAUUAUGCUGAAUGCUACGACCGCUAAUUAGCAUUUAGCUGAAAUGCUAAGCUAUUGUAACAGUAGCACGAGUUUAGAAGAAUCGUAACAUAAUUUCAGUGGCUUUAAGCUACUGGUCAUACCAGACCGAGUGCGGCUGUAGCAACAAAACCGCUGAGCAUGAUGAUUCGAGCGAAGGUCCGUUUCGUUGCUUGUUAAUUCAACUUUUCAGAACUGUCAGAAGAAGAUUGUGUUUUUUCUUCAGUCAAGAGUUACAUAGUCGCGCUUUAAAGGUUUGGAAAAGCUAGUGUUUUAAAAUGUACUCUACAGGAGUGAAUAUGGGUGUGUUGCAGAGCAGAUGGAUGGAUGGUGGGUUGACUGGGCCAAGUUGAGAUGAGGGAUUUUCUGCUUAAGUGAGCAACGAGAGAAACUGUACAGCAUUGAGUUACAUCUACAGCACUGAACAUAAAGAGACACAGGAUUCACCAGGAUGUGGCUCUCAGCUGGUUGUUCUUAUCUUCACACAUUUAACGCUUGAGUUCCUGGCAAAGAAAAAGCUGCACUACUACACAUUGGCCAACAUUAUGUGGACACCUCAAUUUUACACCCAAAACCAUGGGCUUUAAUAUGGUGCUAUAAGAAAACAUCCACUCGUCUGGUUUCAGGCUUUCCACCAGAUUUGGUGCUCGUCACAAAGUUGGAAACACUAUCGUCUAAAACAGGUGUCGACCUUUUGUGUUUGCAGUGUGUGAAGAAUUAUUUUAUCUUCAUACAUAUCCUGGUUAAUGUGACGUCAUUUAAGAUAUACUUAAGAUAUUCUGUUGCAAUGACUGUAAAGUUUUAGGAAGUUAAUGCCCCAUUUUCCCCCCUUAUGUUUUGUUUUUUUAUGUUUUGUUAAAAUAUCACUAUCAACUUGGAAAACAGGAACAUGCAAAUUAUCAGUUUGUAUUCAAUCAUUCAGUCAUUCAUUCAUUUAAUCUUUAUUAAGGACACAGCUUUUUUUUUUCAUUAUUUCAUUCAUAUUAAAGCAGUAGAUAAUUUAUCUUCUAAAUGAAGCAAUGUCCACAGGUAUGACCAUUUUUUUCAUGAAUAUUUUCAAUCCAAAAACAAAGAUUAUAGGAAACUCAAGAUGAUUCAUUGCAACUGAAACAUGUUUUUGUUCUACUUUCCUUUCCUGUUAAUCAUCUCACGCCCCCUAGUGGAGUCUCAACCCUGAUGCUGGGAACCAUUGGUCUAAAAUAUUGUAUAUAUUAUUGUCUUAAUUUGAAUUAAAUAGUCCAAAUUAUUACCAAAAGCACUCAAAAUUAAAUUAAAUUGAGAGGCAUGUCCACAUACUUUUGGCUACAUGGUGUAUCUCAUAAAGGGAGAUUAGAAGAGAUUUCAACUUUUCAGGUGAACAAACAUUUCUUUUUCCUGUGAGGCGUUAUUGUAAAGAGCCUUGUAUUUUGUAUUUGAAUGAAACAACCAGCUGGGGAUUUGUUACCAGUUUCCUGUUUUUUUCUCAAUUUGUAAGACACUCAGUUCAUGUGCUCAAAGAUGUUGAUCAAUAUUCCUCAAUAUGAUUCAUCACUAUGAGUAAAACAACUUCUUGCAUGCACCUCAUGUGAGAAACAGCCGUCUGCUUGUUGCCUCCCCUUCACAAAGUGGUCUCUUUGUAUAUCCUGUUUAUAUAUGAUAUGCUCUCUGGAUUCUGAAGGAUAUACUGACUAAAAAAAAAUGUGUGUGUGUGUGUGUGUGUGUGGGUGGUGCUAUCCUUCACUCACAGAUUGUGAUAAAGAGUCAAGAAGUCCCACACUUUGCUCCCAAACUGUGUGUGUUUACCAUGUAUUGCCAACAUAGAUAUAAAAACAGUAUUUUAUCUCUAUGAUUGCAAAGAUGCUACUUUUCAUUUAAAAGAACAGACAUGUAGGACUUAAGCGUGUGCUAGCAACAUUAUCUGCAUGCUACAGUAAAUUCUCGGAUCUUUUUUUCUCCAGUAGACCACAUUUCCUCUCGAUGUGCAGGACAGACAUGAUUGGCUGAGGGGUGGGAGUAGUUCCCAGUUUAAGGUGCUGGAGCUGUUUGGAGAGGUUUCUGCAGUAAGGAAAAACUCAUCACUCUUUUUUUUUUGUUUUUUUUUUUGGUUCAUUCUGACGCUGUACAGUUGUGGAAAUGUGAUUGUUCUCGUUAUUGUGCAUUUUAUCAAUAACUGGUUUAUGAUGAUUCUUGUUGCUGUAUAUGUGUAUUUGAAAAUAAAUGCUAUGAAGUCA